UUCCCUUCUUGUACUCAUAUUGGUCGGCGCUGCCGCCGGAACUGUUACGUAAUCAUGGCAUGUUAUUCUACGGCGUAUAAAAGCCGGGUAUGUCUCUGCGAUAGAGUUAGUUGCAUUUUCUGAUCUUUUGCUUUUGUUAUUAAAUUCGAUCUGGAAAGUGCGGCUCUUUCGUUUCGUGUAGCAGCAGCAAGUAGUUUUGCUGGUCGUAAGCUUCCUAGGCUAGGAAGUAGCCAUUCUUCCCCCCUAGUAGAGCGGCACUGGCAGCUCCCUCCGACUAGGAAGUAGCCAAUCUUCCCCUCGGACAGAGUGAGAGUGUUGCACAGCUUGUGACAAUAUUGUGCGUGCUAGAUAUUCCACCUGACGCGAAAUGCACUUCGCAACCGGUAUGCCUGGCCGGGGCUGGAAUUUGUCGUUGACAGUUUUCCAGACAUUUCCGUUUGUAUUUGCCGACCAGCCAAGGAUGGGCAGGAUUAUGUACCAAUUGUCAACGGGUAUUCCGUGUUCACAUAUUCAAAAAACGCCGAACGCUUUCGUGAGAUGAUUUUCCAGCAGACUGCGGUGGACUGGACACAAAACAUAAUGUUUAUUGGCACCAAUGAGCCGGAAAAUCGCAUUUUAUUGGAGUAUGGAAACAAAACAUGCAUUGGAAAAUUUCAGUAUUUUGGUGUAGUAGACGGCUUUCCUCCCGGCGCAUUCUACUAUAAUUUGGAUAAUCUUGCUCCAUUCUCCUAUACGCUGCCCCAUGGGUUCAAAUUGGGAUUCUUAACGGAAGACCAUUUGGAACAUCUAACAAGCGGAAGACAUUACGGUAACGCGGAGAAUAACCGGAAGUUCUUCCGGCAUUUGAUCCAGCAGCAUCACCCGAAUGUUGCCCUGUUCAACGAAACCGCCAUUCCUGUUUCCUGGGUAUUCUACAAAGCCCAAGGCAACGUCGGGGGAGCUUACACAAGCCCAAAUUAUCGGGGACAGGGAUUUUUUAAAAUUGUCUUAUUUGAGCUCCUAAAGAAACUCAAGGAGGAUGGGGAAAUUUUCAUAUUCGGUGAUACAUGGAUUUCCAACAGUCCCUCGCAAAAUGCCCUAGUUGCUGUCGGCGGAAGGAAAUACGAGGAGUUUGUUGCAUAUUGGAUAACUUAUAUUCCGUCGACCAAUAAUUCGCAGCGAUCCUAG